CAAAGCUUUUGUAGCGCUAAAUGGAGCGUAAUUAGUGUGGUGAAUCGAAUCCGCUAUUAAAGGAGGUUAAGGUGUUCACGGUUUCCACCCAGGGAGUAACUGAAAAAAGAAAAUUCAUGUUGUAUAUACUCUGAAACCAAUAUGAAUAGGCGAAUUUUUAGCACAUUAUUAACAAAUUUUGUUGGCAAAAGAAAAUUGCAUACAACUUCAAAUUUAUUAUCUUUUUUCGAACCAGAUAGAAAGUCAGGUUAUAAAAGAGUAUAUGAUAAACCGUUUUUAGAACCACAAUUAAAUGUUUUUGGUAGAAUAUGUGAAGGAUAUCGACAAUUCAAAGAAGAAUUUAAUAUUUUAGUAGAAGAAAUAAAGGAAACAUUGAAAAUGGAUCCUAUUUUUGUAUAUAGAACAAAUGAAGUUGAUAUUAUUUGGCAAUUUAAGGGUGAUCCGAAAUCAUUGGAUCAAUGGGUUACUACCUGUGAUAGUGAUUAUGAAGAAGGUUUUUCUACAGCCAAAUUAGAAAUGUCUUCUACUGGUACUGGUAUAUUUUCCGGCAUAUUAAGCACUCGUUUACCUAAGGAUGGCAGAAUAAAAUAUGCUGGUUAUUGCAAUAUUACCACAAUACCUAAAUAUAAAUCUUUUAAACGUGAAGUCUAUCAUGAUUGGACACCAUAUACUCAUCUCGUCCUUCGUAUUAGAGGAGAUGGUAGAUGUUAUGUGUUGAAUAUUGCUACUAGAGGUAUAUUUGAUUUAACAUGGAAUGAUGUAUAUCAUUAUGUGCUUCAUACCAGAGGUGGACCUUAUUGGCAAUAUGUCAGAAUUCCAUUCUCUAAAUUUAUAUUUUCGAGUAAAGGCAGAUUACAGGAUAACCAAAUACCAAUUGUACUACAUGAAGUUUCAAAUUUUGGUAUAUCAUUGGCCGAUGACGUUACUGGACACUUCAGAUUAGAAAUUGAUUAUAUUGGUUUAGAAUCUGAUGCAUUUCAUAAGGAAGAGUUUGCUUAUGAAUCUUACAAUUUUUCAGACAUUAAAUUUUAGUAUGUACAUAAUAAACGAAAUGUAAUAAAAAAAAUAUAAAAAUGUAACUAUUUUUAUUAAUUAUGUACAGAUAAAAUAACAGAAAAAAGAAUACAAACAAUGUAGAUAAUAAAUUUAUAUUAAACAUAAUUUAUUUAACAUAAUAUAUAUUUGAUAUUUGUGUUUCAAAUUUAAAAAGAUACAUAGUCUAGAAUAUAAGCUUGUCUAUCAUAUUUAUUAAUUUGUGAGAUUAUCAGAAGAAUCAAAAUGUAAAAA